CACUGUGGAAUCUUUAAUCGUCAGAUAUUAUUGUUUUUGCUCGUUUUCUAAAUCACUCGCAGAAAUUUUAUGUGUUGUUGUGUUAGUCCCGUUGUCAAUGUUGCGAUUUCAAUACACAAUAUUAUUAAUUACUAAUCGUUUCGCUUUGAAAUGCCAGCUGAACUAAUAUAACCUGAACCGGUCAUAUUUUUAUCAACAUUUACAAUAACCAUGGGUGUAACAGUAUUACAACAGUAUCCGGUGCCAGAGAAUAAGACGGGGACGUUUGUAAUAGAACUCCUGACAAGGCGCCUCCUGGCAUUGGGAGCUACGCAACAAGGGCAGUUCCUAGUGGACUGUGAAAGCUACCUGUCUCAUCCACAAAUGGGCACAACAAAAACAGUCCACAUCCUCCACAACUCAGAACAGCCCGCUUCUGUCUUCUCCAUCCUAGAGAGUGGCACAAAGAACAUCCAUGUUAUUGCCGAUGGUCUGUUCGAUUUACUAAUGAUGAAGCUCUCUCAACACUAUACUUCGAAAAAGCAGACCAAGAUUGAGAGCAAAGGACCGAGGUUUGAGUUGGGAGAUUUCUGUGUAAAACUUGGAUCUGUUAUGAUGAAUCAGAAUUUUAAGGGGAUCCUUAUUGAGGUUGAAUACAGGCCCUGUGUCAUGGCGAACGCCGUCUGGGGCCUCUUACGGGAAUUCCUCCAGGGCCUGCUCGGCCCUUCAGUGCCCGUGACCCCGCCGCAGCACCUCCUAAGCCGCAUGCACGAGAUAUACACACCCAUUGACACUAUUCACCAGUACCUCGAACACUUUAGCCAGUAUAGGAAACUCACAGGCCUCCGAAAUGCCUAGUUCUGUAGAUUUUCUUAAUACUGGCACUUGCUGUUUUAAGCAAGUCAAUCUUUCGCAUGUGAAGAGGAUGUUUGGUUUGAAAAAGCCUAAUGUGUACUAUUUUAACCAGCGCAAUCUUGCAAAACGGUCGCUAUCUCAUAAUACAGCAGUCAUUUUACAGCUGUAUGUGUUUGAGCAAAGAUAGAUAUAACUCCGUAAUAGAUGGAUACAGUCUAAGGAAAAAACGUGCCUCGUAAAUCAAGAAAAUUUGAUUCUCGUUCAGAGGGGGCUACUAGCUUUGGCCUACUGUCGUAUAGAUGGCUCUGACGGUUUCGUUUGUUAUUUAACAAUUUUAACGCAUAUCAGUGAAAGAACAUGCGUCAAAAUCAUAAAAAUAAUUAAUGCAAAUAAAAAAAAUCAUUUAUCCAUAUUUAAAUACAUUUUAUCGUAUUUUUAUAAAUCUUCAUUUUUAGUUUUAAAGUGUGUUGACAGAUGGCAGUGAAUUUACUGGGGUUGGGGUUACAAAAUUUACUAUGACAGUACUGCUCUAGUAUAAGUUACUCUAUGGUUUGAGGAAGAGGUGUUGUUGCAUCUGGCUCCAACAUAUAAUUGCGUCCUGCAUAUUCGCCCCAACUUGUAGAAUGGCAACUUAAGAUAGCUCUGAAUGUGUGUCCCCAAAGUAUGAUAAUACUCCACAGUAGAAAUGAUAUGAAUUGUUUAUUCACCACCAACAGAUGGCAUUCAAAAUGUAGUCUUUAAUAUUUACAUGAUUGUCUGUGUGUGUAAUCAUCAGAGGAGAACUUAUCAAAAUAUAAUAUAAUAAGCAUAUAUUAUACAUCGCCUAGAGGAAAACAAACCUUUUGAGGUAGAGGCAGACAGCGUUCUCUUCCAGACAAGAUCUACCUUUACCUAAUUUUGUAUUCAUAGGUACUAGAAUGAGUUUUUUUUUAAAUUAAGUAUUGAUCAUACUGCUCAUGAUUAGACUAAUAUGCGAAAAUAGUGAUUGAUAAGAUAAGUAUACAAUCAAUAAAAAGUAGUUUUUAUAAUGUGUU